AUUAGAUAGAUUCAUGUUUACAUCUAAAGCAUGUCGAAUAAAGGACCGUGACAUUUGAGAGUUCAAAUAUUUUUCACAUUUAUUAUGUUAAUAGUCCCUCAUAUCGUUGCAACGCUCUCCUAAACGCUAGGUGGCGGUAGUGUAGCAUAGCGUGGAGAAAUCGGAUUCAUUUCCAGAGUCGGUUCGUUUCAUUGAACCGGUUCACAGAAGUCCCGGCGAGAAAUUGAAUGCCUUAUUUUUGCAGUGAAGAAAUAAGUAGUUAAAUGCCACUGUUUAUCUCUAUAUUUCCGAACACAUCAUAUUGAUUAUGUAAAGUGUUCACGCUAAGAGUCGAGCGUUUUACAAGCGCUUUGCGAAUCGAUUCAACCGAAUCAUCCAGAAGAUUCACAUUCGCGAAUCACUAGUGACAGGAACGUGAGAGUUAAAGCUGUUUGAAAAAUCCAGGCUGCACAUGCAGCUCUGAUGUAAAUUAUUAAUAUGAUUAAAGCUCUUUUUAAAGCUUUUGCGCUCAGGUGGAAAUCCUACAGGCACAGAUUUGUCCCCUGGAUAGCGCUAAAUCUGCAGAAAAAUGAGAGAACUCUUCGUCAAGUGAAGGAUCGAUCCCAAGACAAGUUACUUCAGGACGAGGAGGUGCUCGGAUCUCUCUUGUGUUUAUUCACGCAACUACUGAAACACGACCUGAAGAAUCAGCGCGAACUCCCUCAAUCCACACACAAUCUUGACGCUAAUGUUCCUGAUGAACGCAGCGCAGUGAUGCUGAACACUCUGGGCUUCGGUGUCGCGCGGAGACGCAGCUCGCUGCAGUUCGCGGGAAACGGAGUGUUUGUGACGCAGGGACGCGCGCCGAAAGGAACUAUUGUAGCGAUGUAUCCAGGAACCAUCUAUCAGGCGGAUGAGCCCAUCUUCUUCCAGUCGAUCAGAAAUCCGUUUGUAUUUAGAUGCAUCGAUGGUGUUUUGAUCGACGGCAACGACAGAGCGAUCUCUAAGACAGUGUACCGAUCGUGUAGCGGACGGGACAGACUCGGCCCCUUCCUUCUGAGUGACUGCUCCUGGCUGACCUCUGACCCCGUCAACCCUCUCGCAGUGGGACAGUACGUCAACAACUGCUCUAACGAAAAAGCUGCGAAUGUCUGCUAUCAAGAAUACGACGUGCCGGAUGGGUUUCCUCUUGAGCUCCGUCAGUUCCUGCCUAAUGUCAAGUACAGAGCUGAUACUCAAAGACCUUUGCGCUGCGUAGUUCUCGUGUCACUGAGAGAUAUUAAUUGUGGUGAAGAGCUCUUCUCCAACUACUACACAAUUGUGCAUUAAGUAGUUUAUUUUAUUUUUUUAUUAGUUUGUUUGUAUUGUACAUAUAAAACUUGAAAUAAAUUAUUUUCUAAAGCGAAGCGGGGUGUGAAAAC